AUGGCAUCCAAAAGCAACCCCAAUGUUCCCCAGAAGCAGCGCAGGGUCGCAAACCGAUCCAAGACCCAACGCAAGAACGCCGUCAAUCACAUCUCAAAGAAUGCAAGAGGUACAAGAACCAGUACUGUUCUACACCCUACAAGUGGGCCUUUAGCACCUGUAUCCGGAAAGAAAGCUCGCAAGUUACAGAAGGCGCAGAACUGUGCACGUCAAAGAGCGUUGGAGCAGGCAUUGAAAGAGGAAGCAGAAGUCAAGAUGACUGAUGCACCAACCGAGGGCGAGGGAAUGGAGAUCGAUAACGCCGCAUAA